UCUGCCAAUAAGAAGGUUGUAUCUUCGUAAGGUCUCCACAAACGACGAUAGACAUAUUCAUAUGUCGUCAACAAGGAAAGAAUGUAACAGCAUGUUAACCCGGUACGCUGGGGGCAACUUAUCUCGCCUGCAUGUCGCCUGUCGUAAUUGUAUGCAAUAGGGCCGACACGACGUCGAACGGAUUGGGCAAUCCCUUCGAGUGGAGACUGACGGGGACUUCCCCGAGAGAUCCAAAUAAGGCGUGCCAAUGACAUCAUGACUUCCGCUUCCGGUACCUUGAGGAAGUUGCAAACGUGCAACGACAUCUCCCAAAGCAACAAACACAUGUCGAGAUCUUCAGAGACGUGUGACGUCAUAUUCCAAGUGGGCAAGGAGAAGAAGCCUGUGACGGCUCAUCGCCACGUGCUUAUCAGUAGAAGCAGCGUCUUCUACGCCAUGUUUUAUGGCCCCCUAGCUGAGAAAGAAGACAUUACAAUUCCCGAUGUGAGCAGUGAAGACUUUGAGGCUUUCGUGAGAUACCUGUAUGGGGAGAAGCCUGAAGUGACACCUGACAACGCAACAACAAUGUUGUACCUGGCCAAGAAGUACGCUGUGGAGGGUCUCGAGCGUUUAUCCCUGGACUUCCUAGAGGGUUCUCUGUGCCCGGACACCGCCUGUGACGUCCUGGAACAAGCACACGGCUUCGACGAGGUGGGCCUCCACGCGACAGACACUACUAAUGAUGGCGAAGAAUGGAGAGGCAGUCCUCGACUCUCAGGGACUUCAAGAUCUAUGCCAAUGCUGUUUCCAUAAUGUGAUC